UUUCGCUUUUUUUGGGAGAGAGUUGUCUUCAUAUUCCAGGCUCUCAAAACAUUGGCUUCAGCUGCGCGCUUGCUGGCGCUACCUCAUAGGAAGAAAAGGAAGAAGACGCAGUUUUUUUUUACCCAGUUGGUGAUUUUCUUCAAGACUUGUGCUGGAACUUGAUAGUAGCUGCUACAGUGUGCUCACCAAUUGUUUUAUGCUGCUGCAGGCACGGUCUUACCAAACCUGCUCCAUCGUUCACUGAAUAGUCCAUGCUACCUCGGUUGAUUAUUUUAAUAUUUAGACUACCUUUCCCAUUGAUGGGUGUACUGGAUGGCUGACUGUAAGCGCCCCUGGACUUGGCCUUUAAGCGCAAGGCAGCGACUCAGCUCGCCAUCGCAUCAGUUUUGAAAACGUGCUUCGCAGCGGCUCCAACAGCAAUAAAUCGACAGUUUUUCCGGAGGUCCAGAGUGGAUUCAACGUAGGCUAGAUUUGACAUUUUGUGUGUCCGGCUGUUAAUCCCAGUUUGCCGCGUUUCCUUGAGACAUUAUUCACCGCGACACCAAAACGGCAGACAAAAAGUUUCUUUACGUUGACUGAUAGAUAUGGCAAUGGUAGUGUGGAGAGGCUCCCAGGACGAUGUGGCUGACACCCAAGGCACCCUUUCCUCGCAAACCCAAGGAGGACUAUCUCUUCCCACCCCUCAACCAGGCCAGUUGAAUCUGACAGCCUCUCAGGUCGCCCCUCCGACCCCUCAGACUCCGGUCCAAGGACCCCCGAACAACACACAGUCCACGCCGACGAACCAGACGACGCAGCAGUCGGAGAAGCAGCCCCAGCACAUUGAAUGUGUGGUGUGUGGGGAUAAAUCCAGUGGCAAACACUAUGGCCAGUUUACUUGUGAGGGCUGCAAAAGCUUCUUCAAACGGAGCGUACGACGGAACCUCACUUACACAUGCCGUGCCAACAGGAAUUGUCCAAUCGACCAACACCACCGCAAUCAGUGUCAGUACUGCCGCCUCAAAAAAUGCCUUAAAGUCGGCAUGAGACGGGAAGUUUCUCUUUUUACUGCAGCCGUGCAAAGGGGACGGGUGCCACCCACACAGCCACACCACGGGCAGUUCGCCUUGACAAACGGGGACCCACUGCACUGCCAUUCCUACUUAUCCGGAUAUAUCUCUCUUCUGUUGAGAGCGGAGCCCUACCCGACGUCCCGGUAUGGCAGUCAAUGCAUGCAGCCCAACAACAUAAUGGGCAUCGAGAACAUUUGUGAACUAGCAGCCAGGAUGCUCUUCAGCGCCGUGGAGUGGGCCAGGAAUAUUCCCUUCUUUCCAGACCUUCAGAUCACCGACCAGGUGGCUCUGCUGAGGUUGACGUGGAGUGAGUUAUUUGUGCUCAACGCGGCGCAGUGCUCCAUGCCCCUGCAUGUGGCUCCUCUCCUGGCGGCGGCUGGCCUUCACGCCUCCCCCAUGUCUGCGGACAGAGUGGUGGCCUUCAUGGACCACAUUAGGAUCUUCCAAGAACAAGUGGAAAAGCUCAAAGCUUUGCACGUUGACUCUGCCGAAUAUAGCUGCUUAAAGGCAAUUGUGCUCUUCACCACAGAUGCUUGUGGCCUCUCAGAUGUGGCCCAUGUGGAAAGUUUGCAGGAGAAGUCCCAGUGCGCCCUGGAGGAAUAUGUCCGGAGCCAGUAUCCCAACCAGCCAACACGGUUUGGGAAGUUGUUACUCCGCUUGCCUUCCCUCCGCACAGUCUCUUCCUCGGUCAUAGAACAGUUAUUUUUCGUCCGAUUGGUAGGUAAAACCCCAAUUGAAACUCUCAUCAGGGAUAUGUUGCUUUCGGGGAGCAGUUUUAACUGGCCUUACAUGUCAAUUCAGUAAACCAAGACGGAGACGAACAAACAAAAGGUGGGGCUGGGGGGCUGCGAGACUACAAUGAUUAUAGCUGCUUUUGUGGAAGGAAUAAAAAAAACCAACCGGCUGUUACACGGGGCUGGCUUUCAUGAAGAAAGACAUUGACGUAAAUGACUGUGAAUCCCCCCCCCCCCCCCCCCCCCCACUCCGAAAAAAAAUUGAGACAUCCACUGAACUUUCAAAAUGGCAGAUACAUGCUCCCAGUGUUCAUGCAGAACAACCUGCUCCAAUUCAUUUUUUUUAAUGAAAGAAGAAAAUGAGGAAAAAAAAGGAAAAGGGAUUUUGUUGAUCCUUAUGAGGAAAAUUUGAGUAUUAAGUGCAUUUAAAAAUGAUAAUUUGGGUAAAAAAAGAAAAAAAACUGGAGAAAGGGAAAAUACGAAACGUGAAUUUUCUUUUUCUCGAAAUGACUUGUCCUGUGUCCAUGUAUAGCUGUGUUUUGUACUUUCUUUGUUCCUCCUUUCUGGUUCCAAACCGGCCUAUGUGAUUUCUGUAGUACAGGUGGUGUUAUUUUCUAAGACGAUGAUUUAUUUUGAAAAGGUGAAAUAAUGUUUUAAAAAAAAGUUCUAAAAAGAAUUAAAACCACAGCAAUAGGAGUAUAGGCUUAUAAUCUAGGCUUAAUGCUGCAAGCGCACUUAUAUUCUUAGGAUGACCAAUACCAUCUGGGAAAAAGGGAGGUUUUAGAGUUCAUGAUCAACUUUAUGACCCAGCGGAAGCAUUUCUGCUCGUUAUUAACACGAAGUUACAGGAUCCACUUUGCUUUCCAAAUUAUUUGCCGAACAGUCUUCCCCAUUCCAUCCACCUCUGAAUAUUUGGCAUCAGUUCCCCCGAUUGGAUACAAUUAAAAACAAAGAAAUCCUACAAGUUGCUUAGACCUGCUGCCACAAAGCUACCUGAGACAGGUUGCUCUGAAUGCGUUUUUUGCGCAUUUGAGGGCGCUCGCAGUGGCUCAACCGGCACUGAAAGCAUAACUGACUUGCUGUUAAAAAAAAUAUAAAAUUGGAGAGGUCAAGGGUCAUAAAAGUUUGAAGCCUAGCCAGAGUAGUGUUUAAUAGCAGUAUUAUUAAAGCGUCCCUGAAACGUCACCCUUUAUUCACUUCAAGCAUUAAGUGCCUGACAAGCAUGAUGUGAUUUCUUAUCAAAACGUUGUUAAAGUAGGCCUACAACAUUUUGGGGGAACACGAACAGAUCUGAAACUCCAGUCGUGUGUUUCACUUGAAAAACACUGAUUCGAGGCAGUAUUCUUGUAAAUAUAGGUCAAUUCAUUUCAGCGAGUUUUUUCCUUUAUACAAAGUAUAUGUGAUUAAGAAAAAUCUGUGGUUGCCAUUUUUUUUUCUCUCUCUCGGUAAUACAACGUCUUCAAAAUUGAGUGGCAGACUUAGCUAGUAGCACUGAAAGUUCUGUUUUUAAUGUAUAUACAUAUUACUACAAAAUGUUUUCUUUUUCAUGUAUAUUUAGACUGUGAAUGCAUGGCCACAGGUCGCUAACCUAUUUUACCUUUGAUAUAUAAAUGUAAAUGUUUUCUCUCUCUCUCUUUUUUGACUGUAUAGAUAUAAUCUGUGCAUUCAGUACACUAGCCCUUGUAUUUAAAGAAACAAAAAAGAAAAAGAAACGACGUUCAUUAUUAGGCUACAGACUUAAACAGGGUGAGCAGGUUUGGAGAAGGAGUCGAUAUUUUAACUUUAGUGUUAUUGCUCCUUUGGUCUUUGACAGGUGCCGUGGGUGUGCGUGAGCGUGUGUGCGUGUGUGCGUGUGUGUGCGCGCGCGCGUGUGCGUGCGCGCGCGAGCGAGUGUGUGCAUUUGGAAGCUAGCAAUUUUGUCCUUGUUUCGAGGCUUUUCUUCAACACACGCAGAAACACCAUGUUGUGGUUGAAUUAAAAGGGAUCACUGAUUGAACACUGAUCUUUGGCUGUUCGUAGCCACAUAUGGACCAGAGAAUGAUACAUGAUUGUAAUUAUGAACAGUUUAAACUGACCCACGUUUUUAUAUAAAUAUAUAAAAAUAUAUGACUGCAGGGUAUUGAUAACGUAUAGAUACUUUUUUUAUGAUUAUUAUUAUUAUUAUUAUUAAUUGCAAGUGAUAUAUGUGAGUGUGUGUGAAAGUUUAUAGUUGAACACAAUUCUUGUUUGUUUGUGUUAGCUUAUUGUAAACAAGCAUUCUGCUGUAAAUUUGUUCUUGGUAUUAAAUUAUAAUUUAUGAAUUUGAAAACACAA